AUGGUGGCUGCCUCCGACACCCCUUAUAUAUAUACUGUCGGCGUCGGUGCCUGCGUGCUCUGGGGGACUGGUUGCAGGACUGUGGUGUUGGAUCGAGGUUUUGUGCUCGAUGUUGAUACAGUAAUAUCUUGGAUUCCGGACUUCAAAGACGCCGUAAAAAACAAGUUUCCAAAGGGUAUUUUGCAAGGAUCAAGAGGUAUAAAAGCCUGCCAACGAAGGAUAAAGAGUAUAAAAGCCUGCCAACGAAGGAUAAAGAGUAUAAAAGCCUGCCAACGAAGGAUAAAGAGUAUAAAAGCCUGCCAACGAAGGAUAAAGAGUAUAAAAGCCUGCCAACGAAGGAUAAAGAGUAUAAAAGCCUGCCAACGAAGGAUAAAGAGGUAUAAAAGCCUGCCAACGAAGGAUAAAGAGUAUAAAGCCUGCCAACGAAGGAUAAAGAGGUAUAAAAGCCUGCCAACGAAGGAUAAAGAGUAUAAAAGCCUGCCAACGAAGGAUAAAGAGUAUAAAAGCCUGCCAACGAAGGAUAAAGAGUAUAAAAGCCUGCCAACGAAGGAUAAAGAGUAUAAAAGCCUGCCAACGAAGGAUAAAGAGGAUAAAGAGUAUAAAAGCCUGCCAACGAAGGAUAAAGAGUAUAAGAGCCUGCCAACGAAGGAUAAAGAGUAUAAAAGCCUGCCAACGAAGGAUAAAGAGUAUAAAAGCCUGCCAACGAAGGAUAAAGAGUAUAAAAGCCUGCCAACGAAGGAUAAAGAGUAUAAAAGCCUGCCAACGAAGGAUAAAGAGGUAUAA